AUGUUUGAGUUUGAGAUCAAUGCCGAACACAUCCCUCUGUACAAGCUGGUCCUGCACAUCCUCCAGCUGGUCCUCUCGUUUGUCUGCUGGUGUCUCGAGAUUGCCGUCUUCCGGUCCAAGAAUGCCACCGUGAACGGCCAGUGCGGUUGGGCUUUCGGCGUGUGCUUCCUGUCCGCACCAGCAUGGCUCUACCUGAUCGGGGCGCCGCGCUUCCCGCGCACCCGCCGCUUUGCCGAGCCCCACGUCAUGGUGGCCGUCGACGCCAUCUUCUGCAUCAUCUGGCUGUCGGCUUUUGCCGCUCAGGCGGCCUACAACACGGCCGACAAGUGUGGUGAGGGCUGUCGUUUGAGCAAGGCCAUUGUUGCUCUCGGUGUGAUCAACACGUAUGUCUCCUUUUCCUUUGUCUUGCUUUCUUCCCUCCUCUGCUCACCUCCUGCCAGCCUACUCUUCGGCAUCACGACGUUUGUCAGCCUCUACACGCUCAAGUACUACCAGUUGAACGGCCAGCUGCCCGGCUACGACCGCCUGGGCGGCCCCAAGAAUGUCCAGAACAUCGACCCGGACAUGGCGGCCUUCUCGGCCGCCCCCAUGGGCGAGGAGCCGUAUGCCCGGCUCAACGAUAUGGACAACGACCACGACCACGACAACGACAACGAGGAGUACCGCAGCGAUCUGGGCGGCGGCUACGGCGGCGCCAGUAGCCAGCUGGACACCAGCUACGGCGGCGCCAGCAGCCAGCUGGGCACCAGCUAUGGCAACCCCGACAACACAUAUGGCAGCUACCUGGACCCGAUCCAGCGGCCGUAUGCUGGCGGCAGCUCCAUCAGCGGUGUCAGUACCGGCGACCCCUUUGACGAUGGCCGCACCAUGGCGACGAGCGCCCUGCGACCAGCGGCCAGUGCUGCCUCGCUCAGUUCUGUCGGCGCCCCGUCUAGCUACAUGUCGCCCACGGUACACGACGCCUACGACGAUGACCACGGCCGGCCGGUCCGCUUUCCCGAGGCCGACUACGACCGCAACUGA